CCGAUAACACCCUACUCAUUUUUAACUUUUAAAUCGUGUUCAAGGAACUUUUCACCUCGAGGGUCAACAUUAGUUCGCAUUUUCUUAUUACACCGAACCUUUAACACCUAGGUCGUGCAAAUAGCUUCCCUUAUAAAACUAUUAAGAAUGAGACUUUGACCAUUAGCAUUAGGGGUUUAGCUGCCUCAAAGAUGUUUACAGUCCGCUCAUAAAAUAACAAAAAACUUCGAUUUCUGCUCAUUUCAUCACCGUUGUUUCGAAAGCGCUGAUGUAUGCUUCUUAGAGCAGCUUUUGCAAGAUAUAUUGUAUUGUUCUAGUUCGUGAGAGCAUGGUCCAUGUUGAGAGGCAGCUGGUAUUUGUAUAGGUUGAUCAUAUUGGCUGAGCCCUGCACCAAGCACAGGGUAAUACACAACAGCCUGUGUUCAUUUUCGGAUAAUGUGAAGAAACCAACUUAUCACGACGAUGAGUGAAUGGGACUGGUUUUGUGGUGUAAACUACACACUCGACUCUGGCACCGGUUUGAACAACUCGUGUUUAAUCAACGGUAUCAUCGUUGUACCCCAGUUGGGAUUCGUCCUUCUCUCAUCUCUCUUCCUCAUCCUCCUCGCCUCUUGCUCCUCCCGCCAGAGUCUCACCGGCUCCAAGUAUCUCCUGCGUCUCCCGGGUCACACUCCAAGAUGGCUUCUGACUUAUGUCCUUCUUGUCCUCACACUCUCCUUCAUAGCAGAAGGUAUUCUGACCAACGACACCUUCCUCGCCAACUCCUUACCACACCAACCACACCUUUAUGUUGCAGGAGUAGUGAUGCUUGCCGGGGCGGUAUUUUCCAUUCUCUACUUCCACAUGAUGGAGAAAUGGCGUGAACGUCACAUGGUUUGGCUCCUACUCGUAUACUGGGUGGCUUCGAUGUUUUCGUUGGUGGUGGAGAUGGUGCACAUUAACAGAAGAGGAGAUAUCAACUUUCAAAACGUCAAAUUUGAUAUCACUCUGCUGAUGCUUUUCGUAGUGUUGAUGUUUCUUGUUAAUGAAAUAAUCCUCUGUUGUCAUUUGGUAUUCGGUUGCUUAGCCGAAGCCCCCGGUCUUUCCGAUGGAGACACCAAGAAGGAGGACAUGAAUUAUCUCCAUGACUACAGCAGCUUACCGUCUGCGCUCACCUUCUGGUGGAUGAAUUGGGUGUUCACUGUGGGAUACAAGAAACGCAUCGAACCCCAUGACCUAGGAAGCAUCCCUGACAAACACACAUCUCUCUACCUGCAUGAGAAGUUCAAGAAGAACUUUCUCGCCGAACAGGAAAGAGCAAGGAGAAAGAGGCAGAAGAUCGACCUGCAUAGGGUGUACUGGAAUACUUACGCACAGAAGAUGAUACCAGCAGGGAUGCUGAAAUUGUGCGGAGAUUGCUUGAAUUUAGUUGGCCCCAUGUGCAUCAGUGGAAUAGUGCUUUUCGUCACAAGCUCUCUCUAUCCAACACCAAAUCAGAAUGUGCCUAGACCUCACCAUGUGACUAUUGACGAAUUUUUCGGUAAUGGUUUCGUGUUGGUCGGAGUUAUAUACAUAGCGGCUUUAACUCGUUCAACUUUGGACCAAACAUAUUACUACAUCUGUGCUGUAGAGGGGGUCCACGUGAAAUCAGCCAUUCAGAGUAUGGUAUACGAGAAGUCUCUGCGGCUGUCAACAUACGCCAUGUCAGGUGGUGUGAUGACAAUGGGCCAGGUGACCAAUCACAUGUCAGUCGAUGCAGCCAAUGUUCAGUUCUUCUUUGACCGCGGUAACGAGCUUUGGGUUGUGCCAUUUAGGAUUACCUUGACAUUGGUGUUACUCUAUAUUCAGCUUGGACCACCGGCAUUUAUUGGGGCAGCUGUGUUUUUCCUUGUUAUUCCGAUCCAGUUCAAGAUUGCCACAGUUUAUGCAAGAACGAUGAAAGGGGUCAUGGCCAAGGCAGAUCAGAGGUUAAAAUCGUCCAAUGAGAUGCUACAAGGAAUGAAGAUACUGAAGCUAUACGGAUGGGAAAGGAUGUUCAAGGGAUUUAUCAAUAUCAUUCGAGGAGAGGAAAUGGACAAGCUUUUCAUCCUUUAUUUCCUCUCUGCUUUGAACUUUGUUGUCAACUCUGGAACUCCAAUAGUAGCGAAUCUGCUGUGUUUUUCAACCUACACCGCCAUUACUGACAAUAUCCUCACGCCCGAUGUCGCGUUCUCCGCGCUUUCCCUGCUUAACGCCCUGACCGACCCGAUGUUCGUUCUGCCCUUCGUGGUCAACCUAUUCGUGACCGCAUGGGUGAGUUCCAAGAGAUUGAGUUUCUUCCUAAGUGGACCCGAGGUGGAAAGCAAGCAUGAUGACGAUGAAAUGGUGACAAAUGGCACGAUGAGAAACGGGACAAAAAAGACUCCAGCUACAUCUGAUGAUGAGGUUCAGAUGACGAGAUCACUGACCAUGAGUUACGAGAACAACAAGAAAAACUACGGGUCCAUGGGUUCAAAUCUCAAUAAAGGAAACCUUCCAAAAGACGUCGCGAUACGUAUUCGGAACGGGUUCUACACCUGGGACCCAGAUUCGGCAGUCCCCAUCAUAAGCGAUAUCAACGUAGACAUACCAGCAGGUCAACUAACAGUGAUAGUAGGAACAGUUGGGAGUGGCAAGUCCUCCUUACUUCAAGCCAUGAUGGGAGAGAUGACGACGUUGAGAGGAGGAGCUUUUGUCCAGAAUGGGUCAUCGAUCGCGUACGGGCCUCAGAAAGCUUGGUUGAUGAAUGCUUCGUUGAAGGAUAACAUCAUGUUUGGCGCUUCUUCCGAUCAUGGAAAAUACCAGAAAGUGAUCGAGGCCUGCGCCCUAGGUCCAGAUAUCGCCAUGUUACCUGGAGGAGAUCAUACAGAGAUUGGUGAGAAAGGUAUCAACUUGAGCGGAGGACAGAAACAGAGAGUCAGCGUAGCGAGGACCAUGUAUUCAGACAGAGAUAUCGUCAUAUUGGACGACCCUUUGUCAGCUCUUGACAUGCACGUAGGAGCUCAUCUCUUCGAGAAUGGAAUUCUGAAGAUUCUCAAGAAACAGAAACGAACCAUCAUUCUCGUCACCCAUCAGUUGCAAUAUUUACCAGAGGCUGAAAAGAUCAUCGUAAUGCAAAACGGGCGCAUUGCUCUUCAGGGUGACCCGGAAGACGUCGCCAAGGCUGACCCUUCACUGUGUGCUGAUUGGCAGAGAGCUCUGCAGGUGUUCAGCGAAUCAGAAGCUGAGAUGUCGGGGGCGGAGUCAGAAGCUCUCUUGGAAGAGAGAAGGGCUCUGAAGAAACAAAUCUCUCAGUUGGACACUAAAUCAAGAGCGUCUUCUGAAGCUUCAGAAAGUGAGAAAGGGCGACUGAUAGUGACUGAAGACCAAGAGAAAGGCUCUGUAUCCUACAAGGUCUACCUCUCUUACUUCAAAUCUAUGAACUAUAUCCUCGCAGCCCUCAUCAUUGUCACUGUCAUCUUGAGAGCUGCCGUCCAAAUAUCCACCAACUUCUGGCUUGCAGAGUGGUCCGAAGUCAGCGUGGGCUCCAAUAAUACCCAGGAACUCUUGGAGGAUACGAACUUCUACAUCACUAUUUAUUCUGUUCUCUCAAUCGGCCAAAUUGUGAUGAGAGCUUUCUCUGUUGCUACCAUAACGGCGGGGUGUUAUCUAGCUGCCAAGAAUAUGCACCACAACAUGCUCGAUAACAUCAUUGCCAUACCAAUGCGGUUCUUUGACACCACGCCGACCGGGAGAAUAUUGAACCGUUUUUCUACUGACACACAGUAUAUAGAUCUGAGGCUCUUACAGACGAUAAGAACGAUUGUCAAUCUCCUUUCACAAAUGAUUUCAUCAAUCAUCGUCAUCGUCACAGUCAGUUUCUACUUCUUGAGUUUCAUGGUGCCUAUCGUCAUCGGGUUCAUAUACCUACUCGUAUAUUACAUCAUCACAUCAAGAGAGCUACAGCGAUGUGAGAGCGUCACCCGAUCUCCAAUCUUUGCUCAUUUUUCUGAGACUUUAGGUGGUCUCCCAACAAUCAGAGCAUUUCAAGAUGAGAAAAGAUUUUUUCAGAUCGCACUAGAUCGGAUCAUGAAAAACAACCGGGUGUUUAUCUAUUUGGUAACCGCGCAGAGAUGGGUAGCUAUUCGGCUGGAUUACCUUGGUGCGCUUUCCGUCUUCUGUUCCAGUCUUGCUUCUCUGCUAGGUGCUUUCUAUUGGGGUAUCGAUCCCAGCUACGUCGGACUUGCUAUCUCAUACUCAUUAGAGAUAUCUCUGUAUAUGAAUCUUGUGGUUAGAUCAGCUGCAGAUUUGGAACUUCAAAUGAAUGCAGUAGAGAGGGUGCAAUCCUACACGGACGUACCAACUGAAGAUUACAGUGGAAUCGAACCACCGGGUUCCUGGCCGGAUAAAGGCCAAAUCGAACUCGAUGACAUCAGUGUCCGAUACGCUAACGACCUGGAUCCCGUACUCAAAGGAGUUACACUGACUAUUCCUGAAAAAGAAAAGCUCGGAAUAUGCGGACGGACAGGGAGUGGGAAAUCAUCUCUAACUCUGGCGUUAUUCAGAAUUAUCAAUACUUUUAAAGGUCGCAUCAUCAUUGACGGGAUCGACAUCGCCACCGUUCCUCUCCUAACACUGCGCCAACGUCUCUCCAUCAUCCCUCAAGAUGCAUUCCUCUUUACUGGAACUAUCAGGCUGAAUUUAGACCCCACUAGUUCGAAGCAGGACAGCGACUUGUGGAACGCUUUGGAAAUCGCACAACUCAAGGAGUCGGUCCAGCAACUCGAAGGAGGUCUAGACUACGAGGUGACGGAAGGCGGGGAUAAUUUCAGUGCUGGUCAGCGACAACUGUUCUGCCUCGCAAGGGCCUUUUUGAGGAACUCUACAAUCGUUGUCAUGGACGAGGCCACCGCAUCCAUCGACCAGGAAACGGAUCGAAUCAUCCAGGAUGUUGUAUCUGGUGUCUUUGAAGACAGGACCGUGCUCACAAUUGCGCACCGUGUAGCGACCAUCCUGGAGUCGGACACCAUCCUCACCCUCAGUGACGGGAACGUCCUCGAAUUCGAUUCACCUUCCACGCUACUGGAACGAGACGAUAGCACUUUUGCUUCACUUGUAAAGGCGGGAAAAUAAAGGCGGGAAAAUAAAAGCAUAAAUUAGAGAUGCCACUUGGGUACGCGUAUUCUCACGUCUGCGUGAUACCACCAAGUAGUGAUUAGGCUGAAGCCUCAAAACUCGUUGAUACAACAGUGUGCAAGGAUUCAUAGGUGCGGAACAAGCUACCCACCAUACUGGAGGCUACUACAAGACUUCUGCGGACCAGUUCCAGAAACGUUUGAAGGCCCCAUUAUUUUUUUUAAAGAAUAAGGAUGUUUCAAUGUGGAGCUUUUGAGGCUCAAGAAGUCCCAUUUGAAGUGUGUUAUUAUUUGACAGAUUAGAAACUGCGGGAAAUCACUGUCAAAUUCGAAUUCACGAUGUCAAAUUACCUAGAUCUUUAUAAUAUGGAAAUUAAAGGUGAUUCCAUGUCAUGGGACCUUUAAGUGACCCAUUGUUGUGGAGCAAUUCGUGAAUCACCUUGUAACAGCAUUAAAAGGCAGUAUACUUAAAGCCCCACUGCACUACUUAUAGCUACUUGCGCCCUCUAUAUAGCUAGCAAUGCCCAAUCGGUGUCUGUUGGUCCUCCAUGAUCCUCUUUUUCUUAUGAUAAUUGAGAGCUGAUUUGAUGAGAUAACCACCUGUCAGUGACCUUGCAGGGAGGUCUAAUCCCCCGGCCAAACUAAUGCAGACGGGCUUUAAUACUUGUGGAGUGGGUAAACUUUAUCACGUGUCUUACAUGUAAAUCAUCAAUUAUGAUGAAAUAUUUUUUUGUAUUUCAUAUCAUAUCAUUUCAAAAUGGAGAGUAUGCCUCAUAUCAAAACGUUAGAGAGGCAAACUGUACAUUCUUUGGAUAUACAGAUGUACUUUAUUUUAGGGAAUAGGUCUCUAAGUACUUAUUGAAUUAAACAAAAACAAUUUAAUGCAACUUCACAUCGUUCGGUUUACCUGAAAAAUAACAGAAGCGCAAGUUCAAAAGGAGAGUCGUGAGAUAUCAAUAUCUUAUAUGAAUAAUUAUUGUAUUGUAUAUGUUUCACCUAAUGUUCACGUAAAUCAGGAUAUUUUUCAUAAAUGUUUUCAUGGUAAUGUUAUUUUAGUAACAGCCAAAUAUUUUGAGAAAUUUACAGCGCUUUGCAAAUAAAAAGUUUCACCUUUUUUUUCUCUGAAUGAUUUACCAGUUGCUUGUUAGGUGUUAUUGUAUCUCAAUGGGCUGGUUGGUGUGUCGGGUAAGCCUCGGACAAAGGCAAGUCCGUACUCCGAUGUAUCUUACCAUUUUUCUUGAUGACUGUAUUCAACUGAUAGACCUAUAUACAAACGAAUGGAUCUGCUAAAAUGUCAAGUGCUUUUAAAACACUGUCGUUGUCGAUAUUCAUUUUGAAAUUCUACCCUGUUAACGUGUGUAAAAAAAACGUAAGACUUGCCUUUAAGAAUUAUACCAAAUGCAUUUUUUUUAAUUAACAAAAAUAUCUUAAUUAGAUCUGGCCUCUGCUCUUAAUUGUUCCAUUCUUUGUUCAUUCUGUAUAUUGCGAAAUUGUUGAUAUACAAUUGAUAUAUGUUACUUGCCGGUGCUUGAAUAAAUAAUUUUCUUUUAAUACAGAUUGAUUUGUAGUAUUUUAUAUGUGUGUGUUGAUUUUCGUAUAUGUUCAUUGUAUGUUCUUCAUAUUUUUUGUAACUAUUAUGUUUUGCAAAG